AUGGGAGAUCAAAUGGCGAGAGCAGAGGAUUUUGAGAAUAAGGCAGAAAAAAAGCUGAGUAGUUGGGGCAUGUUUGGUUCCAAAUUUGAGGACGCUGCUGAUCUAUUCGAUAAAUCUGCCAAUUCCUAUAAGCUCUCCAAAUCAUGGGACAAAGCAGGAUCCACCUAUGUUAAGUUGGAAAAUUUCCAUUUGAAGUUGGAAAGCAAGCAUGAAGCUGCCUCGGCUUACGUUGAUGCUGCACAUUGCUAUAAAAAAGUUAAUAUGAAUGGUACAGAAGAUCAUCCCUCAAACUUUGAAACUUCAGAAGCAAAGGAAGACUCAGAAGCAAAGGAAGACUCAGCAGAUCAUCCUCUUGACAAUGCUCUGGACAACUCAGAAUCUCUGAUCAACCCACUCAGAAAAGGUUUCUAG